AUGUCUGAUUCCGGCCAGUGGGCUGAUUUCACUGACGCCAUUGAUGUUGUGGAAGACAUGAUAGAGGGAAAAAACCAUCGCUGGUUUUUCCUUCCGAAUCGAAUGGAUUCCGUGGUAACAGAGCUGAAAUUUCUGUACACAUUUCUGGGUUGCGUUCACAUGUGUAGCAAAGAUGAAUCAUCGCCAUCCGAAUCUUCAUCUUGUUCUUCUUCAACAUUCCAUAACAUGAGCCUGGAUACCCUUUUCAUGAAUGUUGCAGCUGCUGCGAAAGAAUUGAUCAUAUGUCUUCAAAAUGCUUUAUCUCGCGGAGACUCAAGAAGAGAGCCCUUUGAAUCGCUUGAUGUUGUGAAGGCAGAGGUUAAGGCAGCUUAUCAAGGCUCUUUGUCCAAACAACUUUUCCGUUGCCGGGCACCUUCCACCAGAAGUUUAUCCUGGUACCAUUUUAGUUUAUCUUUAAAAUCGAAUUUGCGAAUUUUGUCCGAAAACGCAUCACUGAGAUUGGAUGAUCAUUUGAGGAAGCAAUUGAAAGCACUGGAAUGGACUCUGCAUUCUCUGAACUGGCUUUUUAGUGGCGAUGGUUUUGGUUGGUCACCUUGGGAGCGCAAUAUGCUGGCUUAUUUCGGAGGAUUGGUUGUUCAGGUUGCUCAUUUGUGUUGCUGGCUAUGGUUUGCUCGAGUUGAUCAAAGCAUGGAUCGAGAUGUGGCUACUAGUCUAUCAGAUCUGCACCGAAAAAUCGACCCGGAAACUCCAGAGUUCCUGGAUGUUGCUUUGACAUUUGCAGGAAGAAUCUACGGUGGGGUACAUCCUGAAAGAUCUAUAUUCUCUUUUCUUCAGUACAUUCUUGGUUUACAGGAUGAAAGAUUAGUUCUUCACAAAGAAUUUGUAUCUGUAAUCUCCUGUCUCAUCAAAAUUCCAGAGGAUAUGCAAUUCAGGGAUGUGAAUAGUAUUUUAGUGGCUGUUAAAGAUGUGAUCAAGCAGGCAAGACAUGUCAUAGGAAGAAACAGGCGUCCAGAUAAGACUGAUUAUGCAAUUCUAUUCUCAAAGAUUUGGUCUCUUAAGGCUGAGAUCUUCAUCAAAAGCAAUGGAGCCCUCAUUAGGUAUUCGAUGAAUGAUCAUGUAGAAGCCCUGAAUGAGGGGUAUAGAUUCAUUGAACAAAUUCCUUGUCCAACAAUCAAAGAGUCUGUGGAUGAUCAGAUCUUAAAGCUCAUUGAAGGAGUUCCAGGGCAGGUGCUAUCUCUCUAUAGGUCCUCCCCAUUUGGGGACAAAUUAGUACACAUCAGGGUCAGCAAUUCACUGUACAAGAAUCUUGUGCACAUCCUGCUAUUAAAGGCAAAGGCACUUCUGUUGGAGACAUUGGAGAAGGAUUCACAUACAAUGCUUCCGCUGAAGUCCAAAAUUGGAGCUCUUCAUGAGGGACUCUUUCUCUUCACAGAUACAGUGAUUAACAAGACAAAAGAGAUUACAAUGGAUGAGAAGCUGAUCCUGAAAGAUUUUGAAAGAGUUGCUACAGGUGUAAUCUCCCUCUCUCCUACAUUUCCAGCAGAUUAUUUGACAGAAGAAGGAGUGAAGAUUUUGGAUGUUGGGCUUCUUGAUUUGUUGGAAAGAGUUCAGAAAUUGAAGGCGAGGGUUAAAGGCCUUUACAAUGCAAUUCCGCAGUUUAAUCUUCCCCAGACUCCUGGGUUGUGCUUCAUAGAACUUCUUUUACAAAAUUUAAGAGGUCUGCUCAACCGUAAGCUGGAAUCAACAGCACGUGCAGCCCAUCAAAUUGAAGACAUUUGCACAGAUUUGGAGUUCCUUGUUUCAAACCAGGAUGUCUUUGAGCAAGCCUUUGUGAAACAGGAGUGCAAAGAUCUUCAUAAGCAGCUUGUUUGUGCAGCAUACCAAGCAGAACGUGUUAUCGAUUUAAUGCAGAGUGAAGACUCGAUGUGGGAACAUUAUCUGUGGCUUUUUCACCUAUCUGAAGAGAUAAAACAUGUGAAAACAAAAAUGCAGCAGUCAAGUUUUAAAGAGAACAGCAACUACAAUGAUGGAGUGGAAAAUGUCACCCAGAGGUCAAUGCCUGUGGUGUCACCUGUUGCCACAAGCACAAUUGAGGAAGUGAUGGUUGGGCUUGCUGACCAAAAAGAAGAAUUAAUUGACACACUUAUUAGAGGUACAUUGGAGCGAAAGAUAAUCGCUAUCGUAGGAAUGCCUGGAAUUGGGAAGACCACUUUUGUAAAGAAUGUGUUUUGCACUCCAAACGUAUUUUAUCACUUCACCAUACGAGCAUGCUGUUAUGUUUCUCAAAAAUAUAAAAAGAGAGAUUUGUUGCUGGAAAUUUUGAGCCACAUUAUUACUGUCACAGAUAAUACCCAUGCAAUGAGUGAUUCAGAUUUACAGGAACUGUUGUAUAAGCAAUUGAAGGGUAAAAGGUAUCUCAUCAUUAUGGAUGAUGUGUGGAGCACUAAGGCAUGGCAUGAUUUGCAGCUAUCAUUUCCAAAUGACUCAAAUGGCAGCAGAAUUUUGAUGACAAGUCGUCUUCAGGAUGUGGUUUCAAAAAUUAGUGAUCCCUAUCCUCUUCGUCUACUCUCUGUGGAUGAAAGUUGGGAGUUACUAAAAAUAAAGGUACUUCAAGAAAAAACAUGUCCCAAGAAACUACUGGAAGUUGGAAAGCAAAUCGCCAAGAAUUGCAAUGGAUUGCCUCUCGCCAUUAGUGCAAUAGGUGGUCUUCUCAAUAGAACUUGUGGAAAGAACCAAGACUCGUGGAAGAAAGUUGCUGAGUGUGUGAGCUCACAUGUAAUUAAUGAUCCUGUCAUUCAAUGCAGAAAAAUAGUAGAGAUGAGCUACAAUCACCUGCCAGAUCAUCUCAAAGCUUGCUUGCUUUAUCUUGGAACAUUUCCGGAGGACAAGGACAUUCCAAUUUGGAGAUUAUUGUGUUUAUGGCUUGCAGAGGGGUUUGUACAUCAAUUGGAGUCUAAUAAUGCAAAGGAUCUUGCAGAGGGAUACUUAAUGGAUCUGGUUGGUAGAAGCCUUGUAAUAGUGGCUAAAAGAGGAUCAAAUGGUGGGGUGAAAGCAUGUCGAGUGCAUGACAUAGUUCGCGACUUGUGCUUGUUGAGAGCUAAAGAUGACCAUUUUUUGCAGCCAAUAUCUGGUAAUGAUGAACCUUAUUCUUCUUUCGAUUCUUUAGACCAUGAUGUUCCACUUGAGCUUUUGAAUAUUUCACGUUGCACAACAUAUGAGGAGUAUCGACUGUGUUUUCUUGUGAACCGAGAACACUUUGUAGCAUCGAGGCCUUCUGGCCCACAUGUUCGAUCCUUACUAUAUUUUGCCACGACCGAUAUGUAUCCAAGAUGCCCCUAUGAUGUUUCCUUCAUUCCUAACAACUAUAAACGCCUUAGGGUGUUGGAUUUGGAAUCCAUCAAUAUGGGCAGCUCCUUGGCAAAUGGAAUAGACUUGCUUGUUGAUUUGAGGUACUUAGCAGUUUGUGGUGACAUGGAAUCUAUUCCAUCAUCUUUGUGCAACCUAGAGAAUUUGGAAACUUUAGUUGUGAAGGGUUUGAAGAGGAAAGUCGUGUUACCAGAUACAAUAUGGAGAAUGAAAAGGUUGAGGCACAUUCGCGUAUCAAAGUUUGCUAUCUUCACAUUGCCAUAUGUGGAGGAUGGAAAUUCCCCUUUGUUAGAAAAGUUGAUAUCACUUUCCUUUCCAUGUUUUAUAUGUGGGGAGAAGGCUAGUAACGACCUUGUACUGAGGUUUCCCAUCCUUCAAGAACUGAGGUGUAUAGUUUUAGAACCAAGAGAUGUUACUGUGGAUUGUUUUCAGUUUCCUGCAUUGGAAUCGCUAUGCAAGUUAGAGUCGCUCAAGAUGUCAUACUAUGGAAAACUUAUGAAUGCUGAGGGACUAAACUUGCCCUUCAGCUUAAAGAAGUUGACUCUAUCAAACUUCCGCUUGCCUUGGAGUCAUAUCUCAGCAAUUGGGAGAUUGCAUAACCUGGAGGUACUCAAAUUGAUUUCUAGAGCAUUUGAAGGGUCAAGUUGGGAAAUGGCAGAAGGGGAGUUUGUUAAUCUUACAUACUUGAAAUUAGACGGGCUAAAUAUUGCUCAUUGGGAUGCCUUCAGUGAUCACUUGCCCCAGCUGCGGCAGCUUGUGGUGCGAAAUUGUGAGUGGCUUGAAGAGAUUCCUUUUGACUUUGUAAACAUCUCAACAUUGCAGAAGAUUGAAGUUCAACAAUGUGGAGUAUCUGUCGAACAAUCGGUCAGAAGAAUUGAGAACCAGGGAAUGGAAGGGCUAAACAUUGUUAUAAACAACUUGCAUCUACAGUAA